GCCACCCUGCCCUCACAGAUGGAACGAUCUGCGGCGUGAGCACGGAGCUCGGAGCGGACAAGGGCGAGAAGGGGCGACCGCAGCAGGUGGAAACCUGAUCGCGAGCCGGCGAGCGAGAAGAAAGUACCUGAGCACCGCUCCUCCUCCGCCCUCUCGGCUAACGAGAACUACUUUUACCCUCGUGGUAAAAGAGACUUAAGGGAAGGUGGAGGCGAUCUGUUUCGUUAGGAGGGCUGCAGGGAAAUUCUGACCAGAGCAAGCCGCCGCCCGGUACACCGAGCAGAGCCAUCCUGGGCUUCUGAAGAUAAACGCUUUCCGGAGAAUUCCAGCUGGAGUCGCUGGUACAGUUCUAUUUUUGUAUUUAGAUAUAUAUGUUCUUUGCCUUCCAUUUAAAAAGCACGGCCCUUGUUUGUUAGCAGUGACACGUGUGACUCUCGUUUGCUGUCACUUUUAGAGCCUAGGAGCGCUCGCUCUCCGUUUCUGAAAAGGGCGUUCUAAUUGGAAACUUGUUUUUCCGCGUAUCUCUGCAUUUAUACGCACGAGCGUUUAGAAAGAGACUGCUCUUUUUAGCUUUUGGUGGUCGGAACCCUACGGAGAAAGAUGGAAAAGGGAACCCGACAGCGAAACAACACCGCGAAGAACCACCCGGACCGCGGAUCUGACACCAGCCCUGAGGCCGAGGCUAGCUCGGGAGGGGGCGGAGUAGCCCUGAAGAAAGAGAUCGGAUUGGUCAGCGCCUGUGGUAUCAUUGUAGGGAACAUCAUUGGCUCCGGAAUCUUCGUCUCACCAAAGGGUGUGCUGGAGAACGCUGGCUCGGUGGGCCUUGCUCUCAUUGUCUGGAUCGUGACGGGUGUCAUCACGGCUGUGGGAGCUCUCUGCUAUGCUGAACUAGGUGUCACCAUCCCUAAAUCUGGAGGUGAUUACUCCUAUGUCAAGGACAUCUUCGGAGGACUGGCUGGGUUCCUGCGGCUAUGGAUUGCUGUGCUGGUGAUCUACCCCACCAACCAAGCUGUCAUCGCCCUCACCUUCUCCAACUAUGUGCUGCAGCCACUCUUCCCUACCUGCUUCCCCCCUGAGUCCGGCCUGCGACUCCUGGCUGCCAUCUGCCUGUUGCUGCUCACAUGGGUCAACUGCUCCAGUGUCCGAUGGGCCACCCGGGUUCAAGAUAUCUUCACGGCUGGGAAGCUCCUGGCCCUGGCUCUGAUCAUCAUCAUGGGUGUUGUGCAGAUAUGCAAAGGAGAAUUCUUUUGGCUGGAGCCAAAGAAUGCAUUUGAGAAUUUCCAAGAACCAGACAUCGGCCUCGUCGCUCUGGCUUUCCUCCAGGGCUCCUUUGCCUACGGAGGCUGGAACUUCCUUAAUUACGUGACGGAGGAACUUGUGGAUCCUUACAAGAACCUUCCUAGAGCCAUCUUCAUUUCCAUCCCACUGGUCACAUUUGUGUACGUCUUUGCUAAUAUCGCCUAUGUCACUGCAAUGUCCCCCCAGGAGCUGCUGGCCUCAAAUGCAGUCGCUGUGACUUUUGGAGAGAAGCUCCUAGGGGUCAUGGCCUGGAUCAUGCCCAUUUCCGUCGCCCUGUCCACAUUUGGUGGAGUCAACGGUUCCCUCUUCACCUCCUCCCGGCUGUUCUUUGCUGGAGCCAGAGAAGGCCACCUUCCCAGCGUGUUAGCCAUGAUCCACGUGAAGCGCUGCACCCCAAUCCCAGCACUGCUCUUCACAUGCCUCUCCACCCUGCUGAUGCUGGUCACCAGUGACAUGUAUACACUCAUCAACUACGUGGGCUUCAUCAACUACCUCUUCUACGGGGUUACAGUUGCAGGACAGAUAGUCCUUCGCUGGAAGAAGCCUGACAUCCCCCGCCCCAUCAAGAUCAGCCUGCUGUUUCCCAUCAUCUACUUGCUGUUCUGGGCCUUCCUGCUGAUUUUCAGCCUGUGGUCAGAGCCAGUAGUAUGCGGCAUUGGCCUUGCCAUCAUGCUGACGGGUGUUCCUGUAUACUUCCUGGGUGUCUACUGGCAACACAAACCCAAGUGUUUCAAUGACUUCAUUGAGUCCCUAACUCUAGUGAGUCAGAAGAUGUGUGUGGUCGUGUAUCCCCAGGAGGGGGACUCGGGGACCGAGGAAACAAUUGAUGACGUAGAGGAACAACACAAGCCUAUCUUCCAGCCUACUCCUGUCAAGGACCCAGACUCGGAGGAGCAGCCCUGAAGACUGCCAGCCUUUAACUGGCCACCCCCCCUUCAUCCUUUCUGCCCUGUAUCCCUGCCUAGGUCCCCCCAACACACACACACACACACACACACACACACUCACACACACACACACACACACACACACACACACACACACACACUUCUGUUAGGCAGGGGCAAGACCUGGGUGUCCACAGCGAGACAUUCUAAACAAAGACCCUGACCUUUGUACCCAAAGAACCUGCUUCCAGCACCAAGGCCCAUGGUCAAGGUCAGUGCACCGGGACCUGCACACACCCUAAGGUUUAGAGGAGAGUGGAGGUGCCAUUGGUACCCUACAGGGCCUUUCCUCCUGGGCCCAUGCUCUUUAGGUGCCUCUAAGAAACCUGGGUUCACUACUGUUUCUUCUCCCUAACCCUGAGCCCAGGCAAAGCCUCCACUGGAAAAAAGGUAGCAUCCCCAGUGAGUUAGUUGGGGAAGACAACUCAAAUUGUCACCAUUAACAGUCAGCUGGGGAGACUCAGAUGUGGCUUCAUUCACCAGGGAGCCAAAAGGCAGAGGGCUCACUUCUCUUUGCCUUCUGCACUCUGUACUACCACGGCUCCACUGCCCAGCCUCGACCUGAGACCCACAAAGUUCCCUUUCAGGAUGCCUCUUCCCCACAGAGCUAAGGACCAAGAAGGAGGACUGCCCCCCUCCCCCCCAGCUCUCAGCCAGGCUUGUGGAAUAUAUAGGGAAAGGCUCAGACUGCAGAAGCCAAGCCCUGCCCCACCCCUGCCCCUGCCUCCUGUCCUCUUGUGGUGCCAAAGCUCCCUGAAGCAGAAAAACUUCUUAUAUUCAGUCUAACAGACCUAUCUCUCUUAAGGGCAAAGCGACUCAGCUCCUCCCUGUCCCCCUGUGUGAAAGAAAGAGCAGUAGCCCUCUUCUCCCAGCAGCUCUGCCCACUCACAGAUCUGCCUGCCGUCCUCCUCUUUCCUCCCCUGGACCUUGGCUCAAGGACCAGGUAUGAAGGAUCCCCCAAGUCCUUCAGGCCUGAAGUAAGAGUCAACCCAGCCUUAAGUCAUCUCCCAUCCAAGAACUGGGUCUAAAACGUUCCCCAUUUCUAACCUUCAAGACAGACCUGAUGUUAAAUCCUUCCCUGGAAGGAAGGGUGCUUUCCCCCUUCCCAGGGGUGCUCAUCCCUCACCCUGGGGAGACCAUGUUGGUGAGGUAGGGGGAGAAUGUUUUCUGAAGGCCAGUUCCUCUCCCCUCCUCCAGCUCAAAACAAUCUCACCGUCCUCCUGCCAUCCCAUUUGGGACAAGAUGACAGGAUGGCACUCACUUUGGAGACCUCAGAAAAGCCCCUUCCAGGAGAGCUGCUGGUCUGUGCUGUACAGGAAGGGUGACAGCAUCUGCCUUCUCCUGGCAGCCUCCACACCUGCUGUGCUUAGGACAGGAUCCUUUGAUCACAAAGCAGAACCCUAAUCCUGUUCCAUCUACUCAAACUGGAACACCCAGGGGCCUUUUCCUGGUCUCCCAACUUCCCACCUAGCUCACCCUACCCCUAACUGGUGAGAGGCUGAGUUUGGGCUGAAUUGUGGCCCUUCAGAAUACAGUCCAGGCAGGCUGUGGGGCCUCUGGGGGGGCCAGGGACCACCCCUCUACCCCUUUCCUCCCAUUCCUUCAGCCUGCACCUGCCCCUCCUUGAAUUAUUGUCUCUCUCUCUCUUUUUUUUUUUAAGUGGAUGCCUUACUUUUUGGAUAACUAUUUUUGAAGCUGGUAUUUCUAUUUCUUUUGGAUUUUUUAAUGUAUGGUGGUUUGGGGGCAGAGCUAGAACCUUAAUCGUCUGUCGCUGAGUUCAUUUAGGUUUUAAAUUUUAUUGGUUUGUUUUAUGGAGUAUUUUCUUUUCUCGUAAUAAAAUUUUAAAUGGAAAUGAA